AUGGAUCAAUUUGGGGCUGGAAUGUUAGAGAUGCCAGCCUCCGCAGACGGGAUCGGUGCAGCUUAUCCACUCGAUGAUCCACGCAUGAGCGAGGAACUCAAGUUUUACCAAGCGGCGACCGGAAUUCAAGAUCCUCAAGAGUUGAAGGCUCUUCUGUUUGAGAUCCGAGCCGAAGCUUGCAAGACUUUCCCCUUUCCAUGUGUCCUGUCCCGACACCCCUUUUUUCCGGAGGUGCUAAAAGCGAUCAAAGAAAAAUUAACAACUCGCAGGAUCUUCGUUGACAUUGGGGCAGGCAUGGGCAAUGAUUUGAGGCUGCUCAUUCAUCAUGGAUGGAAACGCGACGAUGUUUUGGGGGUGGACGUAAACAGCGAAUGGAGUGCUCUGGGGUAUAAGCUAUUCCGAGACCGUAACCUCCCGGUACCAAACUUCAUAGGAAACAUCCUUCAGCCAGAAGUGCUGGAUGUUUCGACUCCAGCCGAAUUUGGGUCUGCUGAGUCGAUCGAUCUUCGUUCAUUGAAGGACCUCAAUCCUCUAAAGGGGAAGGUGAACAUGAUGAGUUUGAAUCAACUCUUCCAUUUCUUCGACGAAGCCGAUCAAAAGCGUUUGGCCGAGCGCUGUGCCCUAUUACUCUCCGAUGAGGUUGGAAGUGCUAUCUUUGGGAUGCAGGACUUUUGUCCAGUCUCCGGAGGUAGGUCUUCUUUAACUAUUGAUGAGACAAAGACAGACGUCUAG